UUCCCAUCCCAUCCACCUCCUUCCUCGUCCAUUGCCUCGCUGUCCACCAUCUGAAGUUGUGAACCCAUCCACCACCGCCACACCAUCGUCAUCUUUUGUCGCAUUUCCUUCCUUUCGGUAAUUUUAAAACCAUCGGCCCUCUGAUGACCACCGUGAUGGUUUCACCGUGGCCGCUGGCCCUAUCGCUGUUCCUGCCCCUCCCCCUCGCUUGGGCCCAGUCCACGGGAUGGGUCCAUAACGAGCUUAAUACGACCAUGUGCACAUGGUCCCUGCCUCGCGGUAUGAUGGAUAGAAGCCAAUCCAUAACUCUUUCUGACAACUCUCAGUGGGCGUCAUUCGGGAUACGGCCUAUAUCGACGGUGGUCAAUUAUACUGGCAGCCUUUGCUGAAAGACGGCUCACCCCAUGAGCUUGUCCAAGAUCGUAAGUGAGAACCACCAUUGCAAGCCCCAAACUAACCAGCCCAGAAUUUCAUCAUGGGCUUGUCUAUACCCUAAACUUCAGCACGCCCUUCAAGACCUCAGACAACUUCUCCGAGGUGCUGACGCCCAUCACGGCCGUCACCGGUGCCUCAAACGACAUCAAGCCGAUGUACUACGACGGCGCCCUCCUCGCCAAUGACGGCGAGUUCCUCGCAUAUGGAGGUCUGUUCACUGCUCUCGCGGUCGUAUCGGCUCCGGACGCCAGCUCAACAUUCGGAUACCAGCGCUACUGGUACGGCGGCAACGGUAAGAAGUUUGAGCCGGGCUUUCUUCUCAACACACAAAUCACUGCGGGCAUCACGCGCUAUGUUGGGUUUGGCGCUGGCGUCAGCGUGCCGUCGGAGAAUAAGGGCUAUUACUUUGGAGGCAUGAGCUCGAAGAGCCAGGGCCCGGUCAACUACCCGUCUGGCAAUACCACGACUGAUCCGACGACGUAUUCGAGGGAUCUAAUCUCGGUCGAUAUGGCGACGCAGAUGGAGGAGGUGUGGACGAACGAUACCAUCAAGUCGACUGUUCCAGGCCGUGCCAGUCCAGAGAUGGUCUGGGUGCCGGUAGGGAAGAGUGGGUUGCUGGUCGUUAUUGGAGGUGUCGUUGAUCCCGUGUUUGCAAAUGCGUCCUUCACUCUCACUGCCGAGAAGAUGGCUAAUAGCCAACUCAAAAGCCCCGCAUUUCUCACCACAGUCUCGGUCUACGAUAUCGAGUCUAAAAGCUGGUUCCAGCAGGACACGACUGGGGGGCCGAAAGAUACGGCCUGGACGCAGGGAUGCACAGUUGUUGCCUCGGCCCCCGACGGGUCAAGUCACAACAUCUACUACUACGGCGGCUUCGACGGCAUCAGUCUGCGCGCACCUUUCAAUGAUGAAGUCUGGAUUCUGUCCUUGCCGAGCUUCACAUGGAUGAAGGCGGCCGUAGGUAGAUCCGGCCACGGCCGCGCCGGCCACCGCUGCAUCAAACCCUACCCGGACCAAAUGAUCGUGCUAGGCGGCUACCCCGCCAACGGCGGAACAGCACAAACUUGUGUCACAGGAGGGAUUGUCCAGCUCUUCAACCUCACCUCGCUGGAGUGGAUAGACUCCUACGACCCCCGGGUGUGGAGUAACUACACCGUCCCCUCCGUGCUCACCGCCGCCAUAUCCAGCUCCGCAGCCACGAAAUGGCUUAACGCCUCCCUUGCCACAAUCUUCAAAACCUCGUAUGACACCACGAAAAUCACACCUUGGUAUCCCUACGCUUACACCAACACCCCUACCGACCCCACAAACCCCCCUAUCCCUACCUCAGCCACCGUACCUGCCCCGGGAGGCGGGACGCCCAAAUGGCUCGCUCCCGUCCUCGGCGUCGUCCUCGGCGUCGUCCUCCUCUCCGCCCUCGCAAUCGCAUUCCUCGUCUACCGCCGACGCCGCUACUUCCACCGUCGGGAUAGCGCGGCCGCUACGUCGGAGGUGAACCGGAAUCGGAUACUCAGCUGGGUGUGGGGACAUGAUGCGAAAGCUGGGACUGUGACGAGUGAUGAGACACCGAGUACGGCGUUUGAUGACGAUGGGACGGGGGCGGGGGGUGGGGGAAGAAGUGGAAGUGGUGGGAGGCAUUUGAGCACGGGGACGGUGCCGAGUGUGAAUGUGGUGGAGGCGGGGGGGAAUAUGGUGUAUGAGCUGCCGGGGACGACUCAGGUGCAGGAGCUGAGCGCGGCGGGGUUGACGUAUGUACCCAUCGCUGCUGGGGGGGCGGGGGAACUGCAUCCCAGUCCAUCAGUAGCCUCAACAGCAUCAAGAAGCAGCAAGCCCAGCGCUGAUGGGGCGGGCGUGGUCUCGCCCCAAGGGGAGUCUCCGGGGAGGGAAAGGGACUCACAGGGCCUGAGUGUGGGGAGUGCGGCGGAAGGAAGAGAAUCCCCCGGCAGCGGCCUCGGCAAAGGAGAACUUGAUGGUGGUGCCGGCGCGGGAGAGAGGAGACGCAGCGGACCUGUUACGCCGAGGGGGGAGAGGUGGGGGAGUAUGGGUAGUGUGGGGGAGGGGGAGAUGAGCUCGACGGGGGGAUUGAGUCCGGAUGUUGGGUCUGAUGGGGGGAGUGCGGGGGGUGCGGGGAGGAGGAGGAAGAGUGCUUUUGGGGAGAUGUUGGAUGAGGAGAAGUGA